AUGUCACCAUCCAUAAUUGCUCUUAGAAGGCAUCCCGCUUGUGACCCUGAAUUUGUUCAAUCAUUGGAGUCCGUAUACAAAAGUCAAGUUACCUGCUCUUUUAAUUGGUCUAAAAUUGACAUAGUAGAUGUUACUAAAGCAUUGCAAAUAACAUUAGGUAAAUCCAAGGAUAUGCUUGGUCAUUAUGUUAAGAAUAUGAUUAAUCAAGCGAACGGUUUGUUAAAAUAA